CAUACGACUUCACUCGCGAAAAGAAGCCUUAUGUCUAUAAAUAAAAAUGCAAAUUUAUGAUAACAUUAGAUAAAUGGAAGGGAUAUGCAGGUACGACAUAUAUUAUAAAUUUUCGUCUGGAUUGUGGAGCAGUAUAAAUUUUGAACAGGCAAAAUGGAGGUAGAAGAAAACAAAUUGAUUUUUUUUAUUACUGAUGGAGACCGUGAAGGCCUAGUAGAACUCUUUGAGUUCGAUACAGUUGAACUUUUGAAAAUAGAAAUUCAUAAUCGCUUUGAUAUACCGCCCCAUAAACAGACAAUAAGUGGUUGGACUGUUAGCCCAGAAUGUGAAAAUACUGUGUUAAAUGUCUGUGCAAAGUUAAAUACCAUUAAUUGUCUAGAAGUAAAAGAUGAAAGUGGAUAUCAAGACAAUUUGGACAUUAGUCCUGUUAAAGAUUUGGAGAUAGAAGCUGCAAACAGUUUUGUUAGAAAAAUUUCAAAUAACUAUAACGUAAACAGCUCUAUAAAAUUUAAUACAUGCAGGCUAAUGAGUGCUAUUGCAGACGCAUGUUUGGUACCAUUGGAAGAAAGAAAAAUUUUGUUACUGUACCUCCAUAAAUGUAACGAUAAAUUUUCAUAUAAAUUCAUGGAGAAUCUUAAAAAACCCGAAGUCAUCGAGAUGUUACAGAGAAAUUUUUUCAUUCUCGGUUGGGAUGUGGAAGAACCUAGAUACCAACGUGCCUUACUGAAAGCAUUAAAAGAAUGCAGUGAUUUGUCCAACAUCGCUGAUGUAAUAAGAUGCGACGUAUCCACAGCCUUAUGUAUAGUGCCUAUUAAAGAUUCGGUAACUGUAUUUUCUUGUCUUACGGCAAAUAUUUCCGAUAAAGAUCUUUUAUCAACUUUGUCAAAUGCCGAGAAGUUUCUUAUUAUUGAAAAUCAAAAAGAAAAAGACUUGGAGGAGCUUGAGAGGGAAAAGGGCAACGAGAAUGACAUGAACUCGGUCAAUUACCAACAGCUCAUGGUGGACAUGCUAGGGGAUAGAGACUAUGAUGGUUUCGAAUAUGAUCAGCAUGAUCUUUUGAAGAAAAAAAUUGCUUUUGCGUUGUACGGGCAACCCAAGACAGAAAAAGGGGACGGCUAUGAUAAGAAAGAGAUGGAGCAAGUUGGAGGUUUAUUUGACACAAUUCUAAAAAAUAGCAAUCUAAUAGCGCAGGAUAGAGAUCGGGUAGAAAUUUCAUUUAUUUACAAUUGUACGGAACCUUUACCAUCGGAAAAGAUGGAACGAGCUAAAAAAUAUGAGGAUUAUAAUCCCAACACGGAUUUGAUGCCAGUUCCUAUUUUUGUAUUGAGAAAAUGCCACAGAAGCAGUAACCCUUGCAGGCUUUUCAUAGACCAUAUGGGCCGCAUUUACGAAACGUGGGAGGAGUACAAAAAUAGGAACAAACUGCACGAAUGUGAAAUGGUUCUCCCUCUAAAUGGACGAUAUGAAUACGACAACAACGGUAACGUACUUCUAGAAAGACAUUUGUCCCCUGCUUGCGGAAUAGACGUGAAAGUAUUACAAGGCGCUGAUUAUGCCAGUAUGGCAGGAGGAUUAAUCUCAGGAGGAAUAUUUGUAGCUGCUGCCAUUCCGGGUAUAGCCGUCACGCCGGCACUCCUUAUUGGUGGAGUUGUCACGGGGGUUAGCGUAGGGAUUUACUCUAUAGCUCGCAGUGCUUAUACAUUAUAUGACAGGAACAGGCACAAACAGACAUUAAGUUUCGCUAAUUCUGAGGCGAGAGGUGCGUACAUCAACAUUUUGGCUGGUGCUCUAGGGUUCGUAGGAGCCGGUGCUAACAUGGCGGUGACCCAAUUUGCAGCGAGGGGUGUGAACAUCGGAACGGGCGCUAGGGCGGCUGUGGACGCCAUCGCGUUUGUUAAUAUUGGCGCCAGCGGCGUGGCCGUGGUAAAUUCUGGGUAUGAGGUUAUCGAUAAGUGGGUGAAUGAAAAUCAGUCGCCGUCGUUGCUCACCAUGGUUCAGCUGACUUCGUCGAUUCUAUUCUUCGGAAACGCCGUUUAUAAUUUCAGGACUUGCUCCACCAUCAUAGAGGAGACUCAGAUGAGGACUUUGCAGAGUUAUCAGGAGUCCCUGAGGAGCAACAGACACAGGAAAACAUUCACAAAACUGGUGAAGGAGACCAUUCGCCAAAAUAACCUGAAUGAGGCUCAGGGUAGAGCAGAGGUCAUCUCCGCGAUUCGGAACAUACAAAAUAAAGACGAAGUUUUCGCCGUCUUAACUAGAUCGAACAAAGACAUGAACAAAAAGGGUAUCAGAAUAUCCGCUUCCGGAGGAGAAAUAGUACUGAACGGAGUAAGUAUAGAUUUUAACGAAUUCGCGGCUAUGAACAAAAAAGAAGCCUCAUCCUUCCUGUCAAAUUUGCCACAAUCGGAACGCGUGCCGGUCGACACCGCGUCUACCCGGUCCAUGGUCUCCAAUAUUUUAACCGAUUUCUCCAUUAGAGACAUAGAGUCCAUCACAAACAUUACAUUGAGAUUGUUGAGUUUCUGUGAUGGCGAUAUACAAUCAAAGAUCAUUAACGCCCUACAUAUGCUCCUGGCUAAUCUGCCGGAUCCCAUUCGACUACUUCUAGACCAGAUAUUCCCUAAUCAGUCCAAGUACAUCUACGUCAUGGAAGUGGUGAUCAAUUUUUUUGCCAAAGCGGCGGGACACUUAGAGGAGCUGUACAAGAACUGGAUCGAGACCGGCGACGACAGCUACUACAAUCCCCUGUUCCGACACAUAGACGUGAAACAAACGAAGAGGGCGGUGAAGUUUUUUACAGACGCCGUUAAUAUGUAUUAUACGGGAACGCACCUUACGGAGUUGGCGUUACGGGAGUUGUUAACGUUUUUCCGAUGUUGGUUGACGAAGAAGAUAUAUGAAUAUCAACAGGACGCAGAGAGGGCCGACAAAAGGAGAAUACAUUCUGCGUCGUCUCCUUCUAGGAAAAUGUCUUGUUCCGUAUGUGGUGGAUACUACUACCAACCUAGGAAUUAAUCUAACGGGAUUGGUUUGUACGCGAUCGCACGGUAUUAGAAAUAUUUUUGUGUAUUUUAAACAGGUACUUGUUUUAUAUAUUUUAUGUUACUUUACUGAAAUGUACGUUGCUCGUUUGUCUACUUAAAAUUCAAGAAAUAGUGUUGCGAACGGUAGUUCCGGUUUUUCUUUCAAAUUUGUAGGAAGCACCAUUAGGCCAAGUAAAUAAAAUUUUUACUCAAAAAAAUUCCUAUCCGCGAGAUUAUUGUAAAAUUGUCUAAAGGUAUGUUCCUU